GUGAUUGCCAGCUGCAAACAGCUUGUCGAAUCCAGAAAUGCACGACUGAUUUUGUAGCCUUAACUUCACAUCUAAAUUCGGCCCUUGACGGCUUUGAUUCGGAGUUCUGCAAGGCCCUGAGAGCAUACUCUGUCUGUACCUAUCGCAAUUCCAAAGUAUGCCGUGGAAACCUAGUCUACCAUUCUGCAGUGCUUGGCAUCAGCGACCUCAUGAGCCAGAGAAACUGUUCCAAGGAUGGGCCCACAUCCUCGACGAACCCUGUAGUGACCCAUGAUCCCUGCAAUUACAGUGGCCACACAGACACCGGAGAACAUGAGAGAGGGGAGAAGACUCCUCCUACUUACCUAUUUUGUGGCUUGUUUGGUGACCCUCAUCUGAGGACUUUUAAGGAUCACUUCCAGACGUGCAAAGUGGAAGGUGCUUGGCCCCUCAUAGACAAUAACUACUUAUCCGUGCAAGUGACCAAUGUGCCUGUGGUCCCAGGAUCCAGCGCUACUGCUACAAAUAAGAUUACUGUUAUAUUUAAAUCACACCAAGACUGUACAGAUCAGAAAGUAUAUCAAGCCAUGACUGAUGACUUGCCUGCAGCUUUUGUUGAUGGUACAACAAGUGGAGGUGAUGGGAACACCAAGAACUUGCAAAUCGUGGAGAAAAUCACUGGCAAAUACAUCGAAAUGCAUGCCAGAUACAUUGGGACUACGGUGUAUAUACGCCAGUUCGGGCACUACUUAACGUUGGCAGUUCGCAUGCCUCACGAGUUGGUCAUGGCCUACGAGGAGAGCCAGGAUCUUCAGCUGUGUGUGAACGGUUGCCCUUCAGGUGAACGUAUUGAUGAUAGUGGCCACUUACCGUUGCCUGUGAUGGGCCAGUUGCUCCCUCAGGGUGGUGCUGCUUAUCCCCGGUCAGUGUACACACUGGAAACUGCCAUGACCAAAUGCCAUGAGAAGAUGCUGGUGAAGGACAUCUAUUUUUACUCAUGUGUGUUUGACCUACUUACCACUGGUGAUGCUAACUUCACAGCUGCUGCUCACAGUGCCUUGCAGGAUGUGGAGGCACUGCACCCUAGAAAAGAGCACUGGCAUAUCUUUCCCAGCAGUGGAGGUGGUGGUAUGGGCAAGGGUAACAAAGUUUUUGUUCGUCUUGGACUUGUGUGCUUGAUCCUUGAUGUGUUUUUGUAGGUUUUUCUGUCUAUAACAAAGUUCAUAAUAUAUUGAGUAAAGAUGAGUAUAUAUAUGUAUAUACCAUGUAUACGAAUGGAUGUUUAGUCUCGGGACACCCACCAGAUUGUACAUACUGUGUUAACUGUUUUCAUGUAUGUUUGAUGUAGUGUUCUUUGCCUCUAUUUGUUUUGCAGUUGGUGAAUGUUUUGUAACGUCUCUGCAUUGGGACCUGAUAAAAAGCACUUUAUUUUUUAUAUAUUAAAUAUUUAUGUGUGUAUCUGAUAACUAUAUAUUAUAUGUAUAAACAUGUUUAUACAAUGCUCAGUGUUCUCUCUAAGUACUACUUGGUUUA